AUGGAGAGAAAAGACACUAGUGGUUCUACAACUAAAUUACAUGGAGUUAAAGAAACAUUACAAGAGUUAAUGGUACUGUGGGGUGAAUAUGAGGAACAAUUAAGUGUAACAGCAAGAUUCUGGCAAUGGUACUUGGACAUGGUGUUAAUUCUAAGACGGUAUAUUCAUGCUGAGAGGUCAUUCAACUGGAGGAAACCUUUAAAGGAGGUGCAGAAUAUGAUCCCAUACAUUGUGAGCUCUAGACAUCAAAAUUAUAUGAUAUGCCUUCCUAUAUAUCUCCAAGAAAUGACACAAUUGUCCGACAAAUUUCCUGAGGUACACCAGAGAUUUCUGGAAGGAGAUUUUACAGUCCAUCGGACAGAAGGAAUCUUCAAUGGGGUUGUCCAGGAGUGCGAUGGUGUACAUAAAAGAGAAUGUGGUUGCGAACCCGGUACUUAUCCAAUGUAUGACAAUAUGUGUAUACGAUAUUCGUGUCCACCUGGAGAAAGAGUGUCAUUGAGAGCCAAGUUUGGUAUUGAUGUUCGCUGUCGGCGAUGUCCGAAAAAUACUUACUCCAGUGCUAUGAACAGUCUGAUCUUUUGUACGCCCCACACAGACUGCUACGCCAUCAAUCAGGACAUUAAGUUUCCAGGCAAUGCUACCCAUGAUGCAGUGUGUGUGAGCCAUGAACCAGUUGACGAAUUGUUGCCAUCAGAUGCUUUGAAUAAUCAAAUUAAAUCAGAUGCUGAUAAUAAAUACAGUGAAGAUGCGAUUGUAAACACAACUUCUGAUACUGACUUGAGAGACACUUUGGCGAAGUCCAGUGUUAAUAACUCAUCCAAGGAUGUCUUAACAUCUACAAUGCCUCACAGUGAAGUUUCACCAGAAAUUUUACCAGAGAAUACGGUAAUUAAUGUAUCAGAUGCCAUGGCAACAAGAAUAGAGCCUGACUUGCUUCAAAGGGAAGUAUCACCUGAUAUCUUAUCAAAGAAUACAGUAUUUAAUCAAUCAGAUCAGAUGGAACCUGAGUUGCCAGAUAAUGGAAAGAAAGGAACUGAUCUUGAUUCAGUAUCAGAUACUGUGGGGCCCACAUUACCAGAUACAGUUCCAGAUAUUCCACAAGAAAAUGAGCUGCCAGAUUCCUCUUCAGAGAGUACUGAACCAAAACUGUAUGAUCCAGAUGCCCUGCCAGAGAACAUUGAGUCUAAUAUAAAGAAUAUUGACACCUAUCCUGUCAAAGAUGAAUUUGAGGAGAAUGGUGAUGGUGUCAUUCAAAAUAAUGAUGAUGGUGAGAAAGAGAAGGAUAGAAAUGUUAAUCAAGUUUCUACUGUUCCACAGUCAGUCGGUUCAACUGAACAGUCUGAUGACACUAAUCAAAUAAAUGAAAAACAAUCUAGUUUAUAUUCCCACACCAUUGGUUUGAUUGUUAGCGUUGUGUGCAUUGUUUUAACUGGGGUAUCAGUGACUGGAGCAUAUAUCUGCCAUCGUUUUAAGCGUGCAAAGAAGAAGAUGUCACCAAAGAGAUCACAACAAUCUGUAGGUUAUUCAAUGGUGAAUGUAGGCAUGGGACCAGAGCAAGAAUAUGUUAGUGGUCAAACCACUUUGCGAACUAAUUUAUCAUGUACUCGACUUCUUCAACAAAAUCUUGUUCUAAAACCUGAUAAAUAUAUUGAAGAACUGUUAGAGGAUAUUGCCAGUGGUGUCCGUAGAAAUUACUGGAAGGCCUUCCUGCGAUCCAGUCCAAGUCCUGGACUAACAGAUAAGGACAUUGAAGAUAUGGAAUACAAAUAUGGCAAUGAAGUACUAACUGAGGUUAUCUACCAAUGUCUGUGUUGUUGGAAGAAUCGCUGUGGACUGAAUCCACCUUUGAAGGAACUUUUACAGUCCUUGGUAAAAUUUGACAAUGUUCUGUGUCGUAAAGUGAUAUGUGAAAACUGUACGUGGGAGGAUGUACCAAAUACUGCUGCUUGUGAUUAA